UCUGGAGGGAGCUACCAUAUGGUGGUACUGAUCAAAGGAGCUCUCAAGGGACAUGUCCACAAUGAACGGUUUGGGGAGUUGCCUGAGCUGGAGGGAUGAGGAUGCUGGACUGGUAUUGCUGCUGCUAAGGUAUCUCUUCUUUCUGCUGACGACGUUCCCUUUGCCAGCCACUGCUGGGAAUGGGGUGUCUAGUAGAACAGUCAUUUUAGGCAUGAGGGUGGAGAACAGCACCAAACCAGGUACUACAGUCUUGGAAAAUGGCAUCAUCCAAGUGGUGGAAGGAAGCACCAUCCGGCUUCGGAUCUUCGGCCAGGGCAUCCACCGACCUACUUGCCAGAUGUUAUACUUUGCUGACUUACCUGAUGUGUCAGAUGCUAAUGCUCAUGGGGACCCCUGCAUCAAGAAGAGCAGUGACAUGCUGGUGAACCCAUACUGCCACGAGGUACGGAACACCACUGCCCUGGUGGAUGUGUCAGUUCAGAUCCUGCGGAAGGAAAUCGAGUUCAAGAACUAUGUGAUGUGCUUGGAAGAUCAUUCGGGCAAGCCACGGUAUUGGUUCAGCGACCGCGAUUUGGUGAUCCAAGUGAUCGAGGGAGAUAAUUUCAAACUGCCUCUCUGGCUGAAGUUAGUCCUGGUGGUCAUCCUGCUGGCGUUGUCAGGCAUGUUUAGUGGUCUCAACCUGGGCCUGAUGUCCCUGGACCCCAUGGAGCUGCGCAUCGUCCAGAACUGUGGCACACCCAAGGAGAAGAAGUAUGCCACCAUGAUCGAGCCUGUUCGGCGGCACGGCAAUUACCUGCUCUGUUCUUUGCUCCUCGGCAAUGUCUUAGUCAACGCCUCCUUCACCAUACUGUUUGACUCCAUGGUUAGCGCAAGCCUUCUGGCUAUAGUGGCUUCUACAUUUGGCAUUGUUCUCUUUGGGGAGAUAAUCCCCCAGGCCCUCUGCUGCCGCCAUGGCUUGGAAGUGGGUGCCAAAACCAUUGUCAUCACCAAGUUUGUCAUGCUGCUGACUUUCCCUCUCUCCUACCCUAUGAGUAAAAUACUGGACUAUGUACUCGGUCAAGAAAUGGGCCUUAGGUACAACCGAGAGAAGCUGAUGGAGAUGCUGAGGCUGACGGAGCCGUACAUGGACCUGCUGAAGCAAGAGUUGAAUAUCAUCCAAGGAGCACUGGAGCUGAGGACUAAGGCAGUGGAGCACGUCAUGACCCCCCUGCAUGAUUGCUUCUUGCUCAACAGCAACGCCGUCCUUGACUUCAACACCAUGACGGAGAUCAUGGAGAGCGGCUACACACGCAUCCCCAUCUACGAUAAGGAGAGGACGAAUAUAGUUGAUAUGCUGUAUGUCAAGGAUCUAGCCUUUGUGGACCCAGAUGACUGCACCCCGCUGAAGACGAUCACUAAAUUUUACAACCAUCCGGUGCAUUUUGUUUGCCACAAUACCAAACUGGAUGACGUGCUUGAAGAGUUCAAAAAAGGUAAAUCUCACCUGGCCAUUGUCCAAAAGAAGAAUGAGGUUGAACAUGAAGAUGAAGGUGAAGUGUUGGGUAUCGUGACCCUGGAGGAUGUCAUUGAAGAGAUAAUCAAGUCAGAGAUCCUGGACGAAUCAGAUCUCUACACCUACAAUCGUACCAGAAGACGAGAUGCCAGCCCAAGGAAGUGGGACUUCUCUGCCUUCAGGGGCAAUGACACUGAGUUGAAGAUCUCCCGUCAGCUACUCCUGGCUGCGCACCGCUUUCUCUCUACAGAGGUCUUGCAAUUUUGCCCGAGCCUCAUCUCCGAGAAGUACCUGCUACGUCUCCUCAAGCAUCCUGGUGUCAUCUGUGAGCUGAAAAUUGAUGAGCAUGACAAGGAAUCUCCAGAAUAUAACUUGUAUGAAAAGAAUAAGCCGGCAGAUUACUUCAUUCUCAUUUUACAGGGAAAGGUGGAGGUUGAAGCGUGCAAGGAAAACAUGAAGUUUGAAAAUGGACCCUUCUCCUACUAUGGAGUCAUGGCCUUGGGUACACCCAUCCAAGGAGGUAUGGAAAUCAUAGGCUCCCAGAUUCGCAUGAGCAAUAUGCAAUGCUUUAGCAUCACCAGCACCAACCAGGUCCUCCCCAGCAACAGCCUACAGUACAUGGCAGACUACACUGUCCGUGCUCUCACUGACCUCCUGUACAUCAAGAUCACACGGAAUCAGUAUCAGAACUGUCUUAUGGCCUCACUGGCGGAAGUCAACGCAGCUGCAAGUGUCAUCCCGCAGGCUGAGACUUCUGCUGACUAGAGCCAGUGCUCCAAAGUGUGCCCCAGGCUUGAAUUGUCUAGAGUCAGUGCUCCGAAGUGUACCCCAGGCUUGAAUUGAAUUGAAUUUAAUUGAAUGAAUCUUUAUUUGCGUCAGCCAUCGGCCAUAGCAAUCUUUCUUUCUCUUUCUUUGGCGAUCACUCGUAGCCAAGUAAGAUCGUCUUCCAUAAACACGGUUUCAACAAUGAGUCCGUAAGUGACUGUGGAGGCCAAUUCUGGAUCCACACAUCUUUCCACAGUGGGGACAUUGGUUUCUGGGCGGGAGUUGAUCACGGUUGGAUUUGCCAAGCGUGCCUUCCUCUUAGCAUGUUUCUCCCUCGCGUCCUGAGUUCGAGUGUCUUCAAAGUGUCUUCAAAGACACCUUUGGUAAAGGCUGUUCUCCAAUUGGAGCGUUUGCAGGCAAGUGUUUCCCAAUUGUUGGUGUUUAUACUACAUUUUUAAAGAUUUGCCUUGAUACAGUCAUUAAACCUCUUUUGCUGACCACUAGCAUUACCCUUUCCAUUUUUAAGAGUAGUUGGUUUGGAAGACCGAUAAUUAGGCAUCUGCACAACAUGACCAGUCCAACAAAGUUGAUGUUGAAGAAUCAUUGCUUCAACACUGGUGAUCUUUGCUUCUUGCAGUACACUGGUAUUAGUACGCCUGUUUCUCAAGUGAUGUGUACAAUUUUUCAGAGACACCGUAGAUGGAAUCUUUUGAGGAGCUGGAAAUGGCAUUUAUAAAUAGUCCAUGUUUCACAAGCAUACAGUAAGGUUGGUAGUGCAAUAGCUUUGUAAACAAGCAUUUUGGUUUCCCUGCGAAUGUCCCGGUCCUCAAACACUUUGCACUUCUAUUGGGAGAAAGCCUCACUCACAGAGCUCAGGCAAUGCUGGAUUUUGGCAUCAAUGGCGGCCCUUGUGGAAAGAUAACUGCCCAGGUAGGAGAAGUGAUUGACAUUUUCCAACAUUACACCCUUGAAUUGGAUUUGUGGUGCUGCAGAGGGGUUAUUUUGUACCUGUUGGUGCAGCACUUUGGUUUUUUGGAUGUUGAGCGAUAGGCCAAGCUUUUCAUAAGCUUCUGCAAAGAUAUUUAGGAUGGUUUGGAGGUAAUCCUGUGAGCGUGCACACACUAUGUUGUCAUCAGCAUACUGAAGCUCUAUGAUGGAAGUUAAGGUAACCUUAUUUUUGUU